CGUUGUUUAUCCUCCCCUGCUCCUCCACCAUGAAGGAGGCCACCAUGGCUCUCUCCGUUAGUGUGGAGGCUCUGCAGCUGCAGGCGGACCUCCUGGAGGACGCUGCUUACCGGGACGACGGCCUGUGUGUGGUCGGUAUCUUCGGUAAGAGCAACAUGCAGCCCGGGCCGCUGAAGGACUCUCUGGUCAACACUCUGGCCGACAAACACAUCUUCUCCCUGCUCGGCGGAGCGGAGGACGGCGGCUCGGCUGACAGCAACAUCCGGGCCUUCUACAACCAGGAGAACCGGGUCCUCUACCUGCUGCUGUCCUCCGUGUCCGACAGCCGGCAGCUGCUGCGGGCCUGCCAGUCCCUGAGCGCCGCCACCAGCCACUCGGACGCCCACGACUUCUGGAAGGGCCUGGACCGGCAGCACUGCCUCCACCUGCUCUACAUGUUCUCCGUGUGCCACGUACUGCUGCUCGUACACCCCAACCACACCUUCGACGUGACCUACGACCGGCUCUUCAGGGCCUUGGACGCCCUGAGGCAGAAGGUCCUGCCUCUGAUCCGGGCUGCCAUCAAGGACUGCCCGGUGUCCAAAGAGUGGAAGCUGAACUGCAGACCCUGUCCUCCACGGCUGCUCUUUGUCUUCCAGAUGAACGGAACCCUGAAGCUCCCUGGGAGCAGCUCGGAGUCUGGAGGAAACCCCGACAAACCCAAAAAACACUCUCCCAGGAGGCGGCUGCAGCACGCCCUGGAGGACCAGAUUUAUCGGAUCUUCCGUAAAAGCAGAGUUCUGACCAAUCAGAGCAGCAACUGCCUGUUCACUGUUCCCGCCAACCAGGCUUUCGUAUACGUGAUCCCGACCGCAGACGAGGACCCUGUGGGCGCUUUGCUCGGCCAGCUGAGGUCAAACUGCAUGUUGGGGGACCAGGACUCCACCCCGACGGUUUCAGGGCCGAGGCGUUACCAGCAGAUGCGACGUUCGGCUCAGCAGCCCAGCAGCAGCGGGGAGCUGAGUGGCAUGUCGCUGGGUGGUCUGCUGGUGGACUGCAGCUUGAAGGAGUUCCUCUGGCAGCACGUUGAGCUGGUUCUGACCAAGAAAGGCUUCGAUGACAGCGUCGGACGCAACCCGCAGCCUUCACACUUUGAGCUGCCGACCUACACCAAGUGGGUCCAGGUGGCCUCCAGACUCCACCAGGUCCUCAUCAGCAACUCAGACGACGAGAUGGCCGAGCUGGCCGCCAAAGUGCAAAGCCAGGUGAAGGUUCUGGAGGGUUUUCUUGACGCUGACACGAAGUUCUCAGAGAACCGAUGUCAGAAAGCGCUGCCUCUGGCUCACAGCGCUUACCAGUCCAACCUCCCCCACAACUACACCACCACGGUGCACAAAAACCAGCUGGCUCAGGGUCUGCGGGUUUACAGCCAGCACGCCCGAGGAGUGGCCUUCCAGCGCUACGCCCUGCAGCUCCACGAGGACUGCUACAAGUUCUGGAGCAACGGACACCAGCUGUGUGAGGAGCGAAGCCUGACGGACCAACACUGUGUCCACAAGUUCCACCUGCUGCCUCAGCCAGGAGAGAAGCCGGACAUGGAUCGUAACCCGCCCAUCCUGAACCACAACAGCAGGGGGCGCUCCACCAGCUCCUGCAACUGCGGCAGGAAACAGGCUCCUCGAGAGGAUCCGUUCGACAUCCAGGCGGCUAAUUAUGACUUUUACCAGGUCAGGAUUCUCACUAAAGCCUCCUGCUGAGGACCACAGCAGAGCAGAGGCUGUCAGAAAUCACGUAAUCUCACAUAUGCAGCUCUAAUCAGACGAUGUGUUGUUAGUUUUGGUGCUAAAUUUGUAUCACAAGUUUUUGGAGGUGGCAGUUUUUCUGUGUACAGAGAUGUAAAAUGUGCAGCUAAAGUGUGUUUAGAUGAGGCUAGCUGCAGAUUAAGGUGAUAAUUCUCUGUAGGUUAAUCAUAAAUGGGACACCUUCCACACGGUCACAUUGUUUUCCUAAACAUAUCUAAUCUAGAUUAGACUAUUCUAUAUAAACUAACUCUCUAAUCCUCAGACUCUGCAAUAUAAAGUCCUGCACCUCAGUGGAAACAUCAGAGCAAUGUGUAGAAGUAAAGUUUAUGUUGUGUAACAAAGUUUUAAUGCCGUACAUCAUAAAAAAAUCAAAAGCUGAA